AUGGCUGGUCCUCUAUUACGUAUUCUAAUUCGUCUUAAACAAAAUAAAUAUCAUCGAAUACAAAUAGCUGCACGAUAUAGAAUUCUUGAUUUAAUUAAACAAAUAGCUGAUGAUCUUCAUUUAACAAUUCAUCAAUUAUUACAUAUAUCGAUUUAUCGUCAUGGACCCAAUGGUUGUUCAUUAUUAUAUCCAUUGAAUAAUACACAUUUUGAUGUAUUAGAUAAAUAUGGUUUAACAAGUGAUGAAGAACUUUAUAUAGAUUUAAGUGAUAUAAUAAUUUAUCAAGAUGAAGAAGAAGAAGAUGACGAUGAAAAUUUAUCAUUAACAACAAAUAAAGAAUCAAGUACAACAAAUAAAAAUGUAUCAACAAUUGGUCAAUUAAUAAAAUAUUCAGUACCAUCUGAUAAUAGUUGUUUAUUUACAUCCAUUGAUUUUGUUUUAAAUAAUGGUAAAUUAAAUUUAUCAUCGAAUAAAUAUUUACGUAAUUUAGUUGCAACAAAAAUUGAAUCGGAUGAAAUAACUUAUACGGAUGCUAUAUUAGGUAGAACAAAUGUCGAUUAUUGUAAAUGGAUUCGUCGAGAUGAUUCAUGGGGUGGAGGAAUUGAAUUAGCUAUUUUAACACAAGAAUAUGAAAUUGAAAUUUGUGUUAUUAAUACCGAAUCUGGUGGAAGAAUUGAUCAUUUUGGUGAAGAUAAACAUUUUCCUUAUCGAGUUUUUCUUCUCUAUGAUAAUUUACAUUAUGAUCCAGUUUAUUUAGUAACAUAUGAUAUUAUUGAACAAAAAGAAUUAUCACAAACAAAAUUUCAUCGUAAUAAUGAAAAUAUACUUUCAUUAGUUAAAGAUCUUGUGAAUAUUGAACAAUCAACAAAAUCUGAAAAAUGUAUGAAUAGCAAAAUAUGA